AUGGACAGUCUCCUCUAUCGAACAGUGUGAAAAAAACAUAUUUUUUUGAAUCGUUCUGAAGAAAUGGCUUGCGGACCCUAGAUGUAAGGUUUUAUAAGAAGAUUAGGAUAGGAAAAAGAAUUUUAGUUCAAAAAGACUGAAUUUUCUUCAGAUCUAUUUUUAAUAAAAAUGAUUUUUUCAGUCCGUAUGGACGAAACAACACGCGACGAAAGUCGCCAACAAGACCAAGGAAGGCAAAGGCCUCCACAAGCAGAUGACGCCCAUGACCCGGUUAGUUUUCGAUUCGAUUGCAAUAUUUCAGGGUUCAGAAAGGCUUUCAGCCAUAUGAAGACAAUGUUUCAAUGAAAAAAGGCAGAAAUAUCGAUACAAGUCUUUAAAAUAUAGGCUUUUACUCAAAACAAUCCUUUGCGAAAAGUUCAAAUGAUUGAAAAAUCCGUUCGUUGCUCUAAAAUUAUUAGAAAAGCAGACAUUCCAGAAUAUUAAUUCAAAAUGAAACGUGUAGCAUCGUUUUAUCAUUUUUGGGAUGAAAACGUGUUCCUAGGUCAUUUUCAAAUAGAUGAUUCGAAUUUUUUUAACAUCUCGUGUCUCUUUUCGAUUCUCUCGGAAUUUGAUAUAUUUGAACCUUGCUGUUUUGACUGAACUUUGGGACUUUUUUCAAUGAAUCUAUAUCUUUCACAAGGUCUUUGAAAGAACCCAGUUUAUGUAUUGUCUUGAAUUUUGCGUUUUCUCUCAAUUGUUAUUCCUUGACCAAUUUGUAGUCCUGGUCAGUACAGAUGUCUUUUUUGGUGAAUAAAUCCGAAAACGUUGAAGUUACUGAAGAAUCUCUAAACUUCUCUAGAUGCUAUGAAAAGAAAGAGUUAAUAAAACUGAAGAACCUACUUUCUCAGAAAACCUCAAAAAGUUGGGGCAAGCCCUUAUCUUUCGAAAAUUAUCAAAUUCUAAAUUUCAACUGCAAAAACAAAAAAAAAUUUGUUUUUACAGCCGCCUCCAACCCACUCUGUGCGCCUUGCACCGCACCAGGUCGAAAACGUUAGUUUUUUCGACUCGGCUUCAAUAUUUCUGCAAGGAACUUACUCGGAGCAGUUCCAGAAUUUUUUAAGAAGAAAGAAAAUAGCCAACGCUUGAAAACUUCUAAUUUUUUUGUCUCUAGAGAAUCUCAGUACGGUUCUUUGGACAUUAUACGGUGUUCACAGUGCUUUCCGCAAAAUUCAAAAUCUUCCAUGACUUUCAAAAACUUUUUUACCAAUUUUUUUUAGCGGUUUUUUUGAAUUUCGCGGACCCGGACUAGUCUAACGACUUAGUGUUUGAAAGUACCGUGUGUAGAAAUAUUAUGAGAAUUAUCGAAACUUCUGGAAAUUCUAUACAGCGAUGAGUCCAGUGACCAAAAGAAAGAUUGUCACAUUUAUAUUUUUGACUUGUCGAUUACAUAUAAUAGAUCAAUUAUGACUAAGAAAUAUUGAUAAAUAUUGAUUGAUACCUUUAAUUCGGCUACUUUAUAGCUGACCUCGUUCCUGGAAUGGAACCAACUCUUGAGGGGGCAAGAAACGGCCACAUACGAGGUCGCGGUCCGCAGGGAUCGUCGGGGAAGAGCUGUAAGUUCUUCGAGCCGUCCGGCUUUUUUUCAAAUCAAAAUCCUUUUUAAACCAUCUCUUGUCAAAAAUCUUCAAAAAGAAGUCUUCUUCCGAUUCUUUGUCUUCAGAAAAACCUUCAUUGUUCAAACUAUCUUAAAUUGAAUCAAAUGAGGGAUAGUGAAAUUCGAUUUACGAGAUCAACUUUAGCCGAAAAGUUUCUGCGAUCCUCAACUGCUUUUGAAAUAAACCGAUCCGGAAACCAGAAAAUAGACAGAUUUAGUAUCGAUUGGUUUCUUAUCGAGACCCCAAGAAGCGAAGAGAGCUUGAAAGAACUCGUUCAGAAUCUAGUAUGAAAAAAAUUAAUGUUAAUUAAAUCAGUAGUAGAUUUAAAAACUGAAAAUCUGUAAGAGUCCUAAAACCUUCACAUCUCAUAGGACAGAGUGGGACUGUGAAGAAAAAAAGAAAAAUUUCCGUUUUACAGCGCCUGGAGCUCACAUUGGUUGCCGGCGCCAUGGCCCAUCAGGUUCGUUUUUUUAUUUCAGAUUAAUUUCAAACGGAAAUUUUUAAUUGAAAAACUAUCCCUAAGACCACUGGAAUUUCAAUAAGAACGUCUCAAAAUCAAAUUAAAAUUUUUCGAAAAUUUUCAUUUCGAAAAUUUCGAAACAGUUCUUAGCUCAAAAAAAGAUUGCAAUUUGAAGUUCUUGAAGAACAAAAAAAAUGCCUCGGUCAUUUUCCACGGCUAUAAGUUUCCCAAAAUUUUCAUCUUUUUCAAAAACUAAUGAUUAAGGCAGAAAUCAGUGUUUUGCUUCUCUGUAGGACCGAAAAGAAUUUGAGAAAACCCGUUUGAAUCUUUUUUCAUUUGGAACACCGUCUUCGUCUGAUUUCCCAACAUGAAAACAGACUUAAGUUGGAUCUACUGUUUCGAUUUGAUCGAUCCAUGUCUCAAAUGAAUCGAAUGAAUUCCCAAAAGAAAAUCCAGAUUUUAAAAGUUAUGAAUAAGAUCGAGGCACAAGAAUCAUGUCGAUCAUAUCUUUGUGAUUAUGUUUUUACAGGUGGAAGAUCAUGGAGAGGGAACCGUAAGGUCCCGGGAAGAACCGGAAGGAAAUGGGAAUGGGGCACGGACCAAUACGGUUAGUUUUCUGGCCUUUUUCAACAUUUUCAAGUUCGAAACACUUCUAUUCCCGGGUUUUUCUUGGGAGAAGAGAAAAAGAAACCCUCAGAAAAAAGAGAACAUGAAUACCGAAAAUCUUGUAAAUCGGUUCCUUUUUUUCAGAAGAAAUUCAACUUUCUGUUUUCCUUAUGUUUCGGCGAGAUUCUCGUUUAGAAUGAGUUUGGUAGAACACGAAAAAAAUUGUGAAUAAUCAAACUUCGAACUAAAAAUCAAAAAAAUCGGGGUUAUUUUUUUACAAGUGGCCUUUUAUAUCCGGAAAAAUAAAUAGAAUCCGAAAAAGCUGGACCUACGGCAAGUGGUUUCAAAGUACAGAUUUUUUCAAACGUUGAAAAUUGUUCGCUUCUUCAGUUUCGACGUUUCCGUUGACAGAAUGUGAGACUUGAAUAUUUUGCUCAAACGAAUCUAGUUCUAUUUCGAAAAGAUCAAACAACGAGAUAUUAUCGACUUGGCUGAUAACCUUUUUCCUGAUGGUGAAAGUGAACUUGAAGAGAAUUAUCAACGUUCAAAUUGAGUCGACAAAUAUCGGAAAAGAUUUCCAUGUCUUUACUGAAAAUUUUGAUUAAGGUCGACAGUGCAGAGGCCGUCACAGGCGAAGACUCGGACUCCAACGUGGUUGGAGAAACGGAUGGAGAAAGAGGAGAAGAAAUUGAGGAAGUAAAAGAGGAAGGCGGAGAAGGAGAAGGAGAAGAAGGAGCUGAGCCCCCCCAGGUCCGCUUUUUCAGAACAGCUAACUAGGCAACUCGAAAAUGAAAGCUGUUGAUGUAGUGAAAUCUUUCUUAGCUUUGCUCGAAUAGUAUUAUGUUUUGCCAUUCUAAUAAGUUUUUUUUGGACAAGUUCUUUCUAAAAAGAACAAUGAAAACUAGACUUCUUCUACCGUCUCUUAUUUUUCAGUUGAAAAAUCAUAAAUUACACGAAAUUCUACCAUUCCUACCAUACCAUUUUGGUACCAUUUGCAAAGAAAAGAAAAUGAUAUUUUUUAACUUUAUUGAACAGUAUAAGACCGAUAUAGGUUGAGUAGGACCAAAAAAGGCUGUUUUCAAGAUUUGGCAGUCAAAACUUUUUUUAAUAGAAGUAGGGCUGUUCAUUUUUCAUUUCUACAUGUAGAAAAAAUUAGAAAGCUACGAGAUUCGAACGCUAAAAAUAGGAGCAAUAUAGCGCUGAGGAAAAUUAAGUUUUCUGUCCAGAUUUCCAACAAAACAGAAGAAAAAGUAAAAUUUACAGCCGUCCACGAGGGCAAGUUUCGGCAUAACGGCGCGCAAAAGGAGAUCGGGACAGAGCCGCUCCGCGCAGCCGCCGAAAGUCAGUUUGGGAAAAAAAUAAACUCGUAAAAAACAUAACAAAGCUUCUGAUGAUCUUUGUAACCAUCUUGACCAGAAAUUCAUCAAACCUGAUCGUUAGAAGCAAAAUGUUAGAUCGAUUCAAUUUUUCAAAGCGUUCCGAUAAUGCUCAAGAUGUGCAAGAAAAAGUGUGGAGAGAAAAAUUAAAGUUUUCUAAAUUCGAAGAGCGCAUGAAUAAGUGAAGUCAUCGCAGAUGUUACUUAUGAUUUUGAGAUAAAAUUUUUUGCCAACAAAUAAAAUAAUGAACAAAAUUCAGCGCGCCCUCCAAGGACCCGGGGGUUCAGCUGAGAAACGGAAAGGAGAAGGUUCAGAGGAUUCAGAAGGCCCAGAGAGGAAAAGCAGUCGUCCUGAGGCUGACGAUGUUGGUUUUCAUUCUUUCAAAAAAUUUGAUCGAAUCGAAAAAGUGAAUUAUUUUUCCUACGCCUUGGGUAUGGCUUGUAGUCGUUGGAUUUUUUUAAACGGAAGAUCUCAAGGAUAAAUUACAAUGAGAACCUGUUGAACUUUAAAAAAAAAACGAAACUGAUUCAGCGCCACUCACCGGAACCGGACGCCAGACAAGAAGGACAGCAAGAGGAAGAAGAGUCGACGUCCUCCAGCUCUUCCUCAUCGGUAAUUUUCGCUUUAUUAAUCACAUAUUAAUUUGGCUUUAAAGUUCAAGCUGUUCUUUCGGUUCCUCGAAAAGAAUCCUCUAGAUCUUUUUUUGUACUCUUUUCAAGCAUUUCUAUCAUAACCAAUCCAAAGAAUUUAUAUAACUUUGAAUUUCUCAAUUUCCUUAAUAUAUCGAUUCAACCUGUUUGAUGCGAAUUAAAGAAAUUUGACAAACUUCAAAAUUUCGAAGCCUUGGAAAUCUAAUUUUGUCAUAACUGAGCUUGUGUAUGAGGAAUUUAAUCAAUCCCGAAUAAUUCUUUAGAUCUCAAGUUUGUCCAAAUAUUCUCGUUGUUCAAAAAUCAAAUCAAAAGGAGAUUUUCCUUGAAUUGGAAGCCGGAAAAAAAAAUGAGUUCAGGUCAAUUGUUUCAAUAAAUUUAAUGAGGUGAAGGGACUUGGUAAAUAUUAAUUUUUGAAGUUAAAAAACUUCGCCAUCCCUUUUUUGUGUCCUAGGUAAAAUGAAAAGAAGAAAUAAAAUCGAAAUGAGCUUCAAAAUGGAAAUGCGUUCCGAAUAUUCUUCUUCUUUUUUGUAAAUAUUUAUUUAAGGCGCCUUGGCCGGAAGAGCUAGAGGACGUUUACGAACUCUUCGACCUCGAGUCGAUCGAAGAAUUCGACGAAGAGGUUAGUUUUUUUCAAAUCUUCUCUUUUUCCUCUUUCGGCUUCACGGAAACUUUAAAUUUCAGUAAGCAUUUCGAGAUUUGAAAAAAACAAAAAAAUUAUAGAAAAAUUCUCAUAGGUCUAGCCUGACGAAGUAAUUGAAGAAAAUGGCAUUUUCUUGCUUAUCAACUUUGAUUUUUCUUUCUCAAAAAUGAAAAAGAGUAACAAAAGCCAGAAAAUUCGAUUUUACUACGAAAAUUCCUUGCCAGAAUCACAAACCUCUCAUAUCUGGAAAUAGAUAAAGUUCGGAGUUUCGAUAGAGUUCCGGAACACGAACUUUGGCGAGUUCUAAGUUUUUAGUGAAUAUUCAUUGAAAAAAGUUUAGUUCGAUUAAUGAUGUCUAAAAAAUGCUGUUUAAGACCGGUUCGUCCGACUCGUCGGACUCAUUUUUCCUGAGCCAACGCGCUCGGGAAAGGAUCGCCCUCGCAUGGGCCCGACGCAACCUUCUGAACUCCCCAGAAGAAGAAGAAGAAGAUGAUGUGGCCGAAGCCCCGCGUGCCGAAGACCCCGCAGAACUCGUCGCCGAGGAGGCUAUGAAUGAGGCCGCCGAGCUCCUCCAUCUCCAGGUUUCUAUUCCAGUUCCUUUUCCACUGGUCGUUUGGUUUAAACAUUAGAAAAAUUUUCAAAAAAAUUUUCUUCUACGAGUUUUCUUGUGAAAGAUUCAGGGCCUCAAAAGGCUCGACUUUUGAAACUAUGAGCCUCAUUAUUUGAUCGAAUUGGUGAUUAGGUUUCAUGUAGAAUACUCCAGCUUUUUUAUAAUUUUGAAAGUUUUGAUUUGAGUAGACGUAAGGGCUGAGAUUGGGAAGAGAAGGAAUUUUUACACCGUUUUUUUGGAUUUUUAGCAAUUUUCCUCCUUCGAUUAGACUUCAAUCAAUCCAAUUUUAGGUGAAUUGAAAAUUUUCGGAUCUUUUGAAAAUGGAAGGAGAAUUUGAGAUAAAUUGAUUUUCACCUUGGAGAUCUCAGAUCUUUCUGAAAGGCUGAUGGUGAAAUUAUAGGACGAAGAAGUCCCAGAAGCCGAAGAAAAUGGCGGUGAGGAGAAGGAAGAAGAGAAGGAGGACGGGGAUGAUGAGGAGGACGGAGAAGAAGUCGAGGAGGACGAGGAGGCCAACGACCAGACCGGUCCAGCAGCCCAGCCCGCCGCAGCUCCCCAACAAGCUGCGGCUGGUGCUGCCGGCCCUGGUCAAACCCGCCAACAACGCGCCGGCCAGGUAACUAACAACGUUUAGAAAAAAUAAUUAGAAAGCUUACUCUCUCCACUAAGAAUCCAGAAAUUUCUUAAAGCCGCGAAUUCCCGUACUACUGAGUUUUUUCAGCCUUUUUUCAAUGAGAUCAGACUCAAGGCUAAGAAAUUUUUUUUUGAAGAGGCUUCAGGUUUUGAUAGACAUUGAUCUGUAGAGCGCGUUUUCAAAGCAAGAUUUUGCCUCUUUUUUCGACGAGAGCUUACGAAAAGAGUUAUUUUUAUUUGAGAAAAAAGCCACAAAAUAAUCUGAAAUGUUUUUGACUGAAGACCCUGAAGUCUCAACCUGCCCACUUACCUUAGACUUUGAGCCUUUUUUCUUUUGGAAAUUGGAGAUUCGUGAAUUUUGAUCUUAUCUUAUGAGCUUUGCUUUUUUGAGUUGAAGCAGUUGAUAAAAAAUAAUUUUUUUCAGCGACCCAGGUCCGUCGCUCAGAGAGCCUCGAGACGGCUCAGGGGCCUGGGCGUGGGCCAAGCCGUCCGCCGUGUGCCACCGGCCCUCGCUGGUCAUUCCGCGGCCCAACUCCUCGUCAAGAUCAGAGAGGAGUUGGAGGCCAAGGUUGCGGACGGUGGCUACGGGGACGAAGAGUUGCGCCGGGUUGGCCGACUCUCCUCGGCGAUGACCUCGCUCCAAGCAAUUGAAAAAGGACGCGUUGUCACGGACGUCCAGUUCGGAAGGAUCCUCAGGAAGAUAGAAGCAGGAUUCUAA